AUGGAUCAACAUGUAGCGGAUAUUGCACUUGAGGAGCUCAAGGAGAAACGUAGACGUCUGCCUAGACAACUUGAGCAACUUUUCGAUGCGGAGUAUGACGAAAAACAGCUUAAGUCGGAUCUUUACAACGCAUUUAUUCAACAUCAGCGUAAUAGAUAUCCGCAAAUUUCAUUAAGCAAAAUACACGAGCAUUUUUUGAAGGAAAGACACGCAAUGGGAAGACAGGUUUUUAUUGAAAUAAUUUUUGAAAAUUUUAUUAAAGGCCAUUGUUGA